AUGGAGACACCUAUCGCGGGCUUUACUGCCGAGCCAGGGUCUUUGCCCGCGAAAUUCACUGUCGAUGACAUGAAUUUGACCCCUGAAGAAGUGGCAACAUAUCCACGCUGGUACACAGAUUUACUGCUUCGCAAGCGUACACCAACCAUUGGUGCUGCCGAUGUUUUGGCCUACAUUGCAAACUUUGGUUUGUCGCCAGACGAUAAGUCUAAGAUCUCUGUAAUGUUCCCACCACAGCUUUCAACUAUUGACCCGCCAGUCUUUUACGCUUGUCUGAGGCUCGUGUCCCAUGCAAAAACUGGAAUGUCACCUUCAUACGCCCUGAUUUUCCAGCCUGACCCGGCAGAUAACCCACCUAACCUGCAACAGCUGAAUCAACAGGAACCACUCCAGUCCCAGCCCACUGGCGGAAAUCCCUUCCGCAAACCUUCCAUCAUGCCAGCACCUUCCUCUGCAGAACCCCCAAAGUUUGAUAUCAACUCAUUCACAUCUUUUAUGCUGACUGGCGAAAGACCCGCUGCUCCAGCAUCUCCAACUCAAGUUGCUACUACUACUUCAUCCCGUCCCAAAAAGCAUGUUACCUUCGAUAUGGGUCCACCUCAAGUAGCAGAAGCAGCUGCCCGCAGUAUGGAAGAGCUAAUUCGCCAGGCCCGUAACAACAUGCCUCGUCUUGUUCCUAAAAAUGCACCACCCCGUCCCUCUCCUCUUUCGGCAUCUACCUCUGCAAACUACGACGUGGGCGAUCUUUUCAAUAUUAGGGGGGCUCUCGUGGCCCAAAAUACUGGGGGUGCUGAUGAAGAUGUUGAAAUCGACCGCACACAUUUCAAAAACAUUCAAAUCGAUACUGUACUUCAUAAUGGUGUUUCCAACUUACCCUCAGCUCCAGCAGUAAACAUGCCCAAUUUCCCAUUCCCAGGAUUUUCCGCCAAUGUUGAUUCACCUUCUCCAUCCCCACCAGUGGGAGAUAUUCGUAACGGCAGCAUUUCUGUCCCUGCACCGCCAUUGCCUCCUAAAGUCCGUACACUGAGCACUGGCGGUAUUGAUAUUCAUAACAUGAACUCAUAUACCCAACAGCCUCUGAUACCUAACAGCACUGGUCCAGCUCCACUUAAACCAACCCAUACAGGUUCAUCUUUCCACCAUACUGGUGUAACUCUUCCCACUCUUCAAAAUAACCCUACAGUGUCUCUAUCAAAUAUCCAGUCCAAUCACACUGGAUCUCUGCCAACUAUUCAGCCUAGUCAUACCGGUUCAAUUACAGGCAUACAACCCAAUCAUACAGGAUCUCUUCCUAGUCUUCAACCCACUCAUACAGGAUCUCUUCCUAGUCUUCAAUCCACUCAUACAGGAUCUCUUCCUAGUCUUCAACCCACUCAUACAGGAUCUCUUCCUAGUCUUCAACCCACCCAUACAGGUAGUGCCAGUCUUGCACCACCUGUAGUCCCACAACCACGUAAAGCUUCUUCGCCUCUAUUUGGUUUAUCUCCUCAGGCUACAGGCCAGUCUACACUACCUCUUCAGUCCCAGAUCACUGGUUCAUCAUCAUUUUCUCAGCCACGUAAUGGAUCGUUGGCCAUUGGACCACUUCAGACUCAGGUUACAGGUGGUGGUAAUAAUAAUAAUAAUAAUAAUAAUAAUAAUAAUAAUAAUAAUAAUAAUUUACAGCAGCAGCAACAACAACAACAACAACAACAACAACAAUCAUCUCAUAACCCACUGAAUAAUAAUGUAAAUACAAAUAAUGGUGUUGUGUUUAACCCAUUGUAUAGCCAGCCUACCUAUUCCAAUAGUGGUAGUAACCUACAUCAGCCACCAUUUUCAUCUUCAACUGCAUCUCCACAUACUCACUCAGCAGUUCCUCAAACCUUGGACGAUUUCAAGUCAAUUUUCCAUGGUCCAGGUGCGCCUCCUAAAGCUCCUGCUCCUUCUAAUAAUAGUUCGACAUCUUCCACAUCUUCAUUUCUGUCAGUCCCUCAACAACACUCUCAAACUGGGUCAACCUCCCCCAUCCCCUAUCUUAUGGCUGGAAAUAAUGGAAGCAAUUCUAGCUUAGAACAUACCCAAACACCAGCACCUCCAGCGUCUAGACUUAGAUCAUUUUCUGGAUCAAUUGUCUCAUCUCCUUUAAAUCCCGGUAGCUCUAUUAGUUCUUCUCAACCCAUGGUGUCAAAUGGUCUUUUAAUGCCUCCUCCACCUCCUCCAAGAAGACGGCCAGGUCCGUUAGGAAGUACUGUUGAGGUUAAUGGAAGCAUCAGUGGUAAUUUACCAUCUCCUAACUCCUCUGUAUCCCAGUUUUCUUCUUACGAAACCUCCCAGCAAUUCAACCCUCAGUUUUCUCAAGGAUCUAACGCAAUUCCUCCCCCUUUACCUCCACAGAUACCACUUGGAAUGUCUCUUCAUCCUAGUGCAAGUAUGACAAACUUGCAACAGCAUUUACAACAGCAACCGCAACAGCAACAGCAAUCGCAACAACAAUCGCAACAGCAACAGCAACAACAACAGCAGCAGCAGCAGCAGCAAUCGCAACAACAGCAUAAUUAUGUAUCAGCACUUCCCCCUCAUAUGCAAUCUCAGUUAUAUAACGAUGGUGGGCGCUCUAACUCUGUACCAAAUCUUGUAUCUGGAAUGCAAAACAUGAGUAUUAGUGCCACCAGUGGUCCAAGCAAUAUUUUGGGGCCAUACGGCAUGCCUUCGCAGCCUCCACAGCAGCAGCCCAUGGGAAACAUGAACCAGAUGGGAAUUGCUCAACAAUAUUCGCCUUCCCCGUUAGCAAUCAAUCAAGGCCCAAUUUAUGGUGGUGGUGGCGGUGGUGGUGGUAGUCAGUAUAUGAUGAAAAGUAGUAGUGAGGGAGCGCCAAAUGGCAUGGACAUUGCUACCAAGUACUUUCAAGGUAGAUAG